AUGGUUGAUAGAGCAAGUUUUGAGAAUGUGAAUGUUGCGCAACAUGAAGCCGAAUUAGAACCACCGCCUAAUAUCGUUAAUGAGUUUAAUCCAAAUGAAAUUGUGUGUGAUCCAGGUCGUAAGAAACAAAUUAGUGAGUAUGCUCCGGAUAUUCAAGACCAAGUGAGGAGGGCAUAUAUAUUGAAGGGUCCAAUGCAACCAGAUUUGUCAAGCUUUCCUCGUACUCCAUUUGGAAGUGUUACAAGAGCAUUUAGUAAAUCAUGGUAUAAGAAUUAUACAUGGUUAGAAUACAGUGAGAUCAAAGAUGCGGCUUAUUAUUUUUAUUGCUUUCUCUUUAAGCAACCCGGGAGGGCCGAGCACUUUGGUUUUGAAGUUUUCACUAAAUGCAGAUAUAGAGAUUGGAAGCAUGCAUCUCAAGGCUUGAAAGGUCACGUUGGUAGUCAUAAUAGUUUACACAACUCAUGCGUCAAGCAUUACGAUGAUUAUAAUAAUCAAAGACAAAGUGUGAUAUCUCAUAGCACAAGGCAUAAGGCAUGGCUUCAUCAUUAUCGUGCUGAGAUUUUUUAUGUUGCUAUUAACAAAAUAUGCAUGGAGAUGGAUCACCGCUUUAGUGAAGGAAAUAAUAUUAUCCUUGAUUGUUUCCCAUGUCUUGACCCCAAGAACUCUUUCUCCAAGUUUGAUGUUGAUAAGCUUGCCCGUCUUGCUGAUAUUCAUCAUGCAGACUUUUUUGAUGAUGAUCGUGGAACUAUAAGAGAUCAACUCACUUACAUUCUUCAAGUGAAAAGAAACGCUUCAUUUUCCACUUGUGAAGAUGUUCAAUGUUUGGCUAUGAAGAUGGUUCAAACUAAAAAACAUUUGGUAUUUCCAUUGGUUUACAAACUUAUUGAGUUAGCUUUGAUAUUGCCGGUGUCGACAUCAUCCGUUGAAAGAGCUUUUUGA